AUGGUUGCAGGUCCGCUCAACCUUGCUUUGAACAAGCAGGUGUACGCAUCCAGCUAUUACUCAGACACAACAGGUCCAACACUCGCUGUCAAUGGUGACAAGACCUCCAUUUUCCAGAGCGGUUUCAAUGAUACCACACCUUGGCUCUCGAUCGACCUUGGGGCAAUUUACAGCGUUAGCAAGAUCGUCAUCUACAACCGCCAAGAUUGUUGCGGCUCCAGGCUCUACAAUGCAGAGGUCCGUGUCGGCGUUGUCCCCAUCUCCGCGCUGGCAGAUGGAUGGCGAAUUCCUGAGAACACUUUGGUUUGGACGCUUGGUGGUGCUGGCACCACUGGAGCCGUGUAUACAAUCAAACUUUCCCCGCCGUAUGAGGGCCGCUGGGUAACACUCCAAAACAAAGGAGGUGACUUCCUUCACAUCACGGAGAUGGAGGUCUACUAG